AUGUUAAUUUCUGUACUUUUCAUUCAAGAGGCCAUCAAGGGACUGGUGAGUGAGUUCAAAGCUCCCAAAUCUGAUGAACCAAAUUCACCCAAAGAUCAAUUUCAGUGGCUUUACACUAAUGGCUUGCUUGCCGAGUAUGAGCAAAUCGUGGGUGGUCCAUCACGACAUACCAGCCUUAAUCUUAGGGAGAUUGAUGGAGUUGAUAGCAAGAACGAUGAAGAUGAAGUGACAUUGUAUUCAACGAAGAUAAACAAACCCAACAAAGUAGAGAUUCAAAAUCCAGGUGCUUUCACUCCAAACCCUAAAAUUCGUAUGCUAACAUCUUGGGAACCUACAAUAUUAGCAACAAUUAACAUCCCAAUGAAAAGUCAGAGUUAUGAAACAUCUAUCAGAAGCUGCAAUGAUGCAACGCCCGGAUGGUCGGAAGCAUCAAGAUCGAGGGCUGAUGUUGUUUCCGGUGGGAAUCACCCACCUCUUCUCCUCUUCGUCUCCGUCUGUUACCGCCUCCUUCUCCAUGAGUCGGUCGUCGCCUGCUGCCGCUCGCUACCCCACUGUCGAGGUCACGAACCGCCGAAGGAGCACCGGGAUAGCAGCGCUGCGUUGCUCCGAGCCGUCAUAGCACCGCCACUGUUGCAUCUACUGCCGGUGAAGAGAGUGAAGCGACGAAAGGAAGCUGAGGAUGUCGGGAGAAGCUGGAACGUGGCUGUGACGUCGCGAAAUCUUCCUCUUCUCCGGUUUAUCGCCGCAACGCCGCCAUUGCCGCUUUAA